CGUGAUGAGAGAUGCAUUAUUCAUACGGCGGUCAAAAUGGUCUUUUCAUCAAGACCAACCAGCAAGUCUCCUCAAUAGCCAGUUUCCAAUGCCACUGGCGCAAAAAGUCUUUAUUGAGCUCCUAGUAGAAAAUUGAUGCAGAAAAAGUGCGUAUGUUGUUGGGAUAGAACGAUGCUUUUGACCAAGACUUUCCAUCGUUACAUGGCGAUUGCACUCAAAAUGUACAUGUUUUUGGCAGCUCAGUCUACUCUAUCUACUUUGGCAAUCCGUUUUCCUCUACUGGUUGUUCGGCGUCCAAUUCUUGGUCGGCGGUCUCGGGAUGGGCUUUCAUGUAUGAAAUGCAGGCGUCAUGGAGAGUUUUCAUGAAGCCAGGAACACCUUGCUUUGCUGCCCAGUUGAUGACACUGUUUGGUAUAUUUCCCUGAUCAUAGUAAGAGGCAAAGUUAGUUGGAA